UGUUCGUAACCGGAACUAUUCGUUCAAAACAGGAAAUGAGGAGCUUGACGGACUCCAUUUUCUAGCUGUCGUUUGGGAUUUCGUUGUUUUACGUUUUCUUUUUAAGGGACUCCUUUUGUCCGUCUUGUUUUCUGAUUAGAUUAAAAACCCAAACUAGAAUCCAAAAUGGGAGGCGGAGAUUUGAAUUUAAAGAAGAGCUGGCAUCCCCAGACUAUGAAAAACAUAGAGCGAGUUUGGAAAGCUGAGCAGAAAUAUGAGGCAGAACGCAAGAAGAUAGAGGAGCUCCAGAAGGAACUGAAAGAAGAGAGAGCCCGAGAAGAAAUUACCAGAUAUGCAGAGGAAACGGGAGCCAUCAAGAAAAAAGAUGAUCGGCUUGACUGGAUGUACCAAGGCCCCGCUGGGCAGGUGUCCAGAGAUGAGUACCUGCUGGGGCGUCCCAUUGACAAGCAGAUCACAGAUCAGUACGAGGAGCCAGAGAGCGGCCCUUCAGCUGAGACCGGCCUCCUCCCAGGGUCGAUAUUCAACCCCACAACCCCGGCAUCUGGCCUCGAUUUGGCAGCAAAGAUCAGGGAAGACCCUCUGUUCCAAAUCCGGAAACGAGAAGAAGAAAAGAAAAGAGAAGUUCUGACUAAUCCAGUAAAGAUGAAGAAAAUAAAGGAGAUGUUGCGUCAAAAUCUUGACAAAAAAGACAAGAAAAAGAAGAGGAAGAAGGAAAAGAAGGAGAAGCGAGGAGACAAGGAAAAGAAAAAGGAAAAGAAGCAUAAGAGGAGAACUUCAAGUUCAAGCUCAGAGGAAGAAGAAGACAAACACAGGUCAAAAGACGGUAAAUCACGUUCGCGCCAUCUUUCAGCAUAUGGUCUGCAGCUUCCAAGCGGCAGACAUCAGCAGGCUUCAGUGAUGUCAAGUAACUCGGGGCACCGAGAGAGAAGCCGCUCACGAUCUCCCUACAGGAACCACAAAGACAGUCGCUCUUACGCUUCCUCUUACAAGAAGGUGGAGGCGAGAGAUCCCAGCCCACAGAGGGAAACUUACCAAAGACAGAGGAAUCACGUGUCAAAGAAGCUUUCUGCAGAGGAACUGGAACGAAAAAGGCGUGAGAUGAUGGAGCAGGCCAAGCAGCGGGAGGAAGACAGGGAAAACAACGUGAAACGCUACAAAAGGCAAGACGAGCAAGAUAAGCAGAGGGAACAAAACGCCAAGCACGACCGGCAUGCUGGCUUCAUCCAUAACAUGAAGCUGGAAAGUGCUGCUAGCUCAUCUUUGGAAGACAGAGUGAAGAGGAAUAUUCACUCCAUUCAGAGAACACCAGCCUCCCUGGAUAACUUUAUGAAGAGAUGAUUACAGCAGAUUAGUUUAAUGACUGGAAACAUGUUUUCAGACUUGCCUUAUUUCUCAACAUCUGACUUUUUAAUGUAAUAAUUGAGACAUAAAGGUAACAUGGGAGCAGUCUAAGUGGAGAGCACAAGCCUCCGUCCUAAGGCUUUUAUUCUCAAAAGCACAUGAUAGAGGAGGAAAAGUCAAUCAUAGUUGGUGGCUGAUUUAGUCAUGCCUAUAUCGAAAGAAACAUUGAUGAAUAGUACUUGUACAGUAUAUUGUAAAUGAUUUUUAAGAGACUACAUUGACCUGUUUUUUUAUUUUUAUUUUAUCAGGAUUGUUUAUUUUAUGUUCUACUGUAAGUUGGUUUAAAAUGUAACUAUUACUAGCCGUUUCAUUAUUUCCUUUGUUUAUAAAGUAUAUCUAGCAGGAAAA